AAAAACUUCGAUCAGGCUGACCUUAACGACCGAAAGCUCACGUUUAUAUCCCUUGAGUCAGACAGUGAGAGGAAACGUUUGAAACAAAACUUGGGCAAAAGUCCGUCAAGAAUGCCUACUCAACUAUUGCAUCCGACUGGUGAUGAUGAAUCAGAUUGUGACGAGCCGUUGUUAUCCGGAUCAGGAAAAGUGUCUCAGGAAUGUAAAGAGGAGCAUCUCGAGCUGUGGAAUCAGUUGAUAAACAAUUGGGAUCAACAAAGUGAUCGACCUGAAAGAAUAUCAGAGCUAGUGCUUGAUGGAAUACCAGACAAGCUUCGAGGACACGUUUGGCAGCUGCUGGCAAAUGUGAAAUUGGCUAUCGACCAACCUGAUCUCGUCGAAGAGUAUCUUGAUUUCUUGAACCAGCCUUGUCCAUCAGAGCAAGUUAUUAUGAGAGACAUUCACCGCACGUUCCCAGCACAUGACUAUUUCAAAGAAUCUGGAGGAAAAGGCCAAGAGUCUUUAUACAAAAUUAGCAAAGUUUACUCAUUGUAUGACGAAGAAGUAUCAUAUUGUCAAGGUUUGUCGUUUUUGGCGGCUAGUUUGUUGCUCCACAUGCCAGAAGAACAAGCAUUCUGUACGCUUGUCAAAAUCAUGUUUAAUUAUGGCUUGAGAGAUUUGUUCAAGUUGGGCUUCGACAACCUGCAUUUGCGUUUCUUUCAGCUCACAGCUUUAUUGAAAGAUUACAUACCCGAACUGUCUAUUCAUUUGGAGCAUAUCGGCAUUGAAACUCAUAUGUAUGCAUCUCAAUGGUUUCUAACUCUUUUCACUGCCAAGUUUCCUUUGCAAAUGGUGUUUUUCAUUUUGGAUCUGUUUCUGAGUCAGGGAAUGAACACAAUUUUCCACAUUUCUCUCGCCUUGCUUCAUGACGCAAAAACCGACUUGUUGCAGUUGGAUUUUGAAGGAACUCUCAAAUAUUUCCGUGUCUCUCUGCCUAGAAAGUAUCGUACUGAAGCUGCAACCAAGUGUUUGAUUCACAAAGCAGUCAAAUUUCGACUGAACCACAGCAAACUGCAGGUUUAUGAGAAAGAAUAUCGUAUCAAGGAACAAGAGCGAGAAAAUGAAGAUCCGGUUUUGAGAAUGGAGAAAGAAAUCGGCCGUCACCUAGCCAACACGCUACGACUAGAACGAGAAAAUGACGAUUUGGCUCACGAACUUGUCACUAGCAAGAUUGAACUCCGUAAAAAAUUGGAUGUUGCCGAAGAUCAAAUUGAAACAUCAGCCAACACUAUCGAACGACUUACACGACAAAACCAAGAUAUUCUAGAAGAAAAUAAGAAUUUGUUGAGAGAAUAUGAGCAGAUAAAAGAGAUGUAUAGACGAGAUGUGUUGAGAUUGGAGGAGAACGGUUCAAGAGCUGAGAAACUACUAGCAGAAUAUAAAAAAUUGUUCUCGGAAAGAAGUAAACGUGCUGAAAGUGAAAGAGAGAACUUUGAGGUGCAGAAAAAGGCUAUCAUUGCCAGAAUCUCUGAGUGUGACAAAUGCUGGCCAUCAGUUUGUGAAUGGGAAAAAAAUCGGAGCCCGGUUCACACCGCGUCCACACCCAUCGGUCUCGACCUGUUGACAAAGUUGGAAGAAAGAGAGGAUCAUAUCAAGUCACUCGAAAUAGACCUUGCUCAAACAAAAUUGUCGUUGGUUGAAGCAGAGUGUCGGAACCAAGAUCUCACUCAUCAGCUAAUGGCUCAGAGUGAAAGCGAUGGCAAAAAAUGGUUCAAAAAGACGAUCACACAACUCAAAGAAGUUGGCAGCUCCCUCAAACAUCAUGAACGCUCCAACAGCUCAGUGACUCCGAAUGCAGUUACUGAAUUGUGCAUUUUAACUUUUUUUUUAGUUUGCUUCAUGAAUAACGUUUUAGGCCUAAGUCUAUUAGGUGGCUCCAAGUUGAUCGGGUUGCUUUUGAAACAAAAACUUCCAAUGUGCAAUAAGGUUAGCGAAAACAACAACAACAUGCUUCAUGGUAUCAAUGGAGUAGGUUUGAUAGACUUGAAGAGCACUGAUAACGAAGACCAAUGCUCGCAUUCAAGCAGUCUAGAAUCGCGGAACUCACUUACAAACCACCAAGGCAAGUUUCAGGAAGUCAAGAUGGUGAUGGAGAAUCUGGGUCAACUUCCUGCUCAGAAGACUCAUUUGAAAUGUCAAGUACUUGUAGUGCUAGAGAGGAACUUUACGAAGGUU